AAAACCGAGUUAGGUAAAACACAUGUCAAGUAACAAAAGUAAAUAAGAUAAAUGUAUAUAUAUAAACACGAAAAUAGAGUCAGUAACAGAGAUAACUAUAUGAAAUAUUUACAAAAUAGGUUUUUGCGCAUUUUAUGUGCACAGACACAACAGAGAGCGCGCGAAAUAUGUAGAGAAAAUAAGACAAAUGCUACUAAAAUAGGAGUUACCUACCUUGAUGGUGAUCUCUUUCAUUUGUGUCACAGUCGACAUGCCAGUUGUAUCCGAACGAUUACAUUAAAGAGGACUCUAUUUACGUUUCUAUUUAUUUCAUCAAGACCCAGUACUGUUGCACUUAAAAGAAAUGGAACAACUUGCAGAACAAUUAGCUGAGACUGUUCAAGUCAAAUUUGAACCCAAUUCAACUGAUGCUGUACACCCUCGUCUCAGCCAAUAUAAAUGCCGAAAGAAUAUUUUGGAUCAAAAUGAGCGACGGCAGAGGAUAUUACAUAUACAAAAACAAAAUCGGUUUGAUUAUCUUAAAAAUAUACGUCAACUUGUAGAUAAUAGUUGGGAAUCCGAAGAUGCUCAAGAAGAGGAUGUAUCUGCUGAAGAGUCUAUGGAGUAUGAAGUAUUUAAAAAACCAGGAAGAUUUUAUCAAAAUCAGCUUAUGCUUUCUGAAUGGUUGGUAGAAGUACCAAUUGACUUUGAACAAGAAUGGUCACUUGUGGUAUGUCCUGUGGGGAAACGGUGUUUGGUAGUUGCUUCUAAAGGAUCCACAACAGUUUAUACUAAAAAUGGUUAUUUAGUGAAUAGAUUUCCUUCAAUGUUUCCUGGUGGUAACAGAGAUCAUGGAUCUUAUCAUGAAGCUGGUACCAUACUUGACUGUAUAUGUAAUGAAGCAGAAAAUGUUUACUAUAUCCUUGAUGUUAUGUGCUGGAAUGGUCACCCAAUGUAUGACACAGAGACAGAAUUUCGAUUUUAUUGGUUGCAUAUGAAGUAUAAUGAAAGUCCAGAGCAUUUUGCUAAACAUGAUAAAUCAAAGUAUUCCUUUGUGCCAUUACCAAAUUUUCCCUGUAACAAAGAUGAUAUUUCAAAUUCACUUCAUUCAGCAAAUUUUUCAGUGGACGGAGUUUUAUUUUACCACAAAAGAACUCAUUACACCUUUGGAUCUACUCCAUUAGUUGUAUGGUUGAAACCGUACAUGCUUCCUGAAAUUUUGGACAUUUCAGUUCCUGAAAAGAUGUUGGCUAACAUGCCACCCUCGUAUUCAAAUUACUCUCAACAUUUAUUAAAUGUUAAGAAAGAAAAAGAAAGAGUAUCACAGCAGAAAAUAGUUAACACUCAGAAAUCUCGUGAUUCACCUGAACUUGCUAAUAAAAGUGCACGCAACAGAGGCAAGAAAAAGAAGAAAAAGAAGAAGAAAAAGCAAAACCAAACAGCUGAUGAGAAUGAGAUUGAGAUAGAUGAUGAUAUACAACAGACAUCUGAGUGUGGGAUGGAAACUAGUCACUUAAAAGAUACAGAGUCAAUGACAGAGAUAACAAUGAAGGAAGCUAUUAAAUAAAUAAAUAAAUGUUUGUUUUAAAUAUCAUGUUGAAGGCACUAGUUUUCAUCUGAUAACCAAAUUUAAUCAACAUUGAGCCUAGUUAGUACUUAGAUGGGUGACCAUUUGGGGAACCUAGGUGCAGUAAGCACCUUUCAGUUUUAACUGUGUGUAUCUUGGUAUUUAGAAUAGAUACCAUGUGUCCCUGCUUGUCAUUUAGAGAUGACCAAAAGGGUUGGCAUCUGGAAGGGAUUCUGGCCGUAAAACACUGCAAAAUGUCCUGCCCAAAACAUGUUAGCAUGGAGAGGCUGGCAGAAACCAAUGAUUUAGUGUUUCAGUGUACUUCAGUGGGCUAGUUGAUGUGAAUAUCUGAUCAUUUAAACUAAGCUGUUUUGUUUUGUGGCAAAGAUGAUAUCUAUAACAAAUCUUCAUUAGUCUAUUAUGGAAAAUGUAUGACUGCUGUAAUAAUCUGUAAGCCAAUUUUUAUUGAGCCAUUUCACUACUUACGUCUCUUGUGAUUUUUUAACCUGAUCUCCAGCCUAAAGGGGCAUGGGAAUAUCACAUUACUUGAAAAUGUCUCUCUGAUCCUAUCUGUCUUACUUAGGGUUACUGGGCAUUUUCUUUUAAGUUUAAGAAAUGUUCCUAAAUUCAGUAGAACUAUUCUUAGCAAAAUUGUAAUUAGUUUUAGAAAUAGUGUGAUUAAGAAUUCUAUCAUUUAGCUUCGAUAUCAUGUCAGAUAAUUUUAUAUUUUCAUUGUUUGGUAUUACUAAUUUUGAAAUAACUGUAUAAAUGUAUUAUGUGUAUGUAGAAAACUGCAAUUAAAUGACUACUAAUCUUAGGUAGUACAGUGCAGAUAAUGGGUUGUGUCCAAGGUAAAAAAGGUAUAAUACCUUUAUUCUGUCAUUGCUUGAAGUAUCAGUACUCUAUGCUAGCUGCAAAUGUUGAGUUCCACUCCUUCUUUGGGUGUACUUUGAAGUGAGAUGUGUUCUGCCAAGUGAUUUGCUCAAGAUACUCUACUUCUGCUUCCAUACAAUUUCAGACUGUGGACUAAUAUUUUUAAUGAAAUUUGUGUUCCAUAUUAAUAUAUGUAACAAAAUAGGUUAUCAACUAAUAAUCAUCAUCUAAUCAAAACUUUCAUGAAAAAAAUUAGGAAAAAAUAUUUUUAAAUUACAAAACUAAUAUAGUUGCUUUUAAUGUUUAUAUAUUUUUUUUUUGAUGUCCAUGGACUUCUUAGAUUUGGAGUUACAUACUAAUGAAUGAACAUAAUUAAAUCAUAUUAUUUAUUAAACUAAGUUGAAAAUAUAAUAUAAAAAUUAAACAUAUAUUCACUAAUGAAUGAAAAUCAACCAAAGACAAAAAAGAAUGCAAAAGAGAAUUAUUUUGAUAUACUAACGUGAAAAAUUAAAUUGCUAUCACAAAACACUUGUAAGAAGUUGAUUUCUAACCUCAAAUCUUGCUCAACUUAUUCUUGUAGUUAUAUUUUUAAGAAAACUGAAGCAAAGAUUCAUAUUUAGGCAUAACAUCACAAAAUCAUAAGAAAGAGGUAUAGUUUAUUGAAUUGAUUCUUGUAUAUUAUUGGUGCUUAUUUUAUUGAAUCAAAAUGGAUGGAGAGCAAAUUUUGUCCCAGUUGGAUUUUAACUCAGAACAUAAUUGACAUAAUUACAUAGUUAAUUAAUGUUUUUCAUCUGUUAUUUCUGUUACUCCAACACUUUAAUAAUAGUAAAGAAUUUGUAAUCUUUCUGCAGUGUUGUAACAAAAGACAUUAAAAAUCAAACUGUUUUCUUAGAAAAAUUUGGAUAAUUUUCUUGAUGACCGAAGUUACUUAGGGAAACAUUCCGAAAUUUUUGUUUCAGUGCAGUUUGCAUGAAAGUUUAAGUAAUGGAAUCUACUUCUAGUUCAUUAAAUACUGAAUGGUUGUGUUAUCCAUUUUCUCAUGAACUUUAAGAAUAUUUAUUUUUGUGCCUUGCAAAUUCAAAUUUAAUCCAUUUAAAACAUAAAAUAUGCUGCAUAAGUUGGCCAAAUUUUCUGAUUGAUCAGAUUCAUAAAAAUCUAUCUUCAAAUUAAAUAUAACAUCUAUUAUCAAUGGAGGGUGUUGAUCUAAAACAACAAAAAUUUAUUUUUUCAUUAAAAAAAAAUCACUUUCCAAAACAUUUCCUUUUGAUAAUUAACAAUAUUAAAGGAGAAAUACAUAUUCACUUCAUACAGUAAAAGUCCUGCAAUUCAAUAGAUGAAAGUUUGUACGAUUUAAUAAGUUCACACACACUUCGAACACCUGAGGGCUUACAUUUCACCAUUUAAGCUUGUCUGUGAGUAAAUAUAAUACAUCUAUACAAAGUUUGGUGCAACUUAUUGAUUUUCUGGAAGUAUGGGCAACCCAACAUUGCCCAUACUUCAUUGCUAUUUAGUUCUAAACUUAUUUUCUGAGUCAAUGUUUUAUUUAUUGAUAAAAUCAUUCAUGAGUAAAAUUCUAUGGUCACCUUUGAAUUUUUUUCUUGUUUUAUUGAGGAAGCAUGAACUUUUACCAUGCAUUUUAUACCAGCGAUCCUCAACGUUUUUUGCACCAGAGACUGAGUUCAUUCAAGACAAUUUUUCACAGACUGGUCGAUCACGCACACAACAAAAUACAAUAAAGUGCAUAAUAUAUAAUUUAAUUAUUAUAUAUUAUAUGCAUAAUGCAAAAAUUCCCUGCAGACUGUGACAGUAAAAAAAAUAGAAAUAAAAUCUAAAAAUUUAUUUAUUCUUUGUGGUCUGGUGCUAAUCUAUGGCCUGGUGGUUGGAGACCCCACUUUCAUACAACAAUUAUAAUAAAUCUGAAUAAACUGCCAUAGUAUUAUUAUAAACAAGAAUGUUUUUUUUUUUUUUCUGAGGAUUUCAUUGUCCAUAAUUGGUUCUGUUCAUUUAUACACAAGUGACUACUGUAUACAAACAAAAACAAUGGAACAAAUUUCAAUUCAGUAAUGAUAAGAAAUAUUAAUACGUGCAAACAUGAGUAACAGUGUUGAUUUAGAUAGGUGAAUUAAAGGUGCAUUGAGUACUACAUGUGUACUUGCAAAAAGGAAAUUUCUGGUCAAAUUUUCAGUCCUCUGUAUUUGCAGAAUUAGAUCCCAAAACAAGGGUUUAAGCAUAUGGUCAUUGUCGUGCCCCAACUACAAUGCAUUGAUCAACAUCAAUCCACAAUGCUCUCUACACUAAAGCU